CGCAUCGAGAAGCACGGAAUCGUUCGUUGGGAAGGUAUAUACGGUGCGCCGUGUAAGAAGAUCAGCCGAGAAUGCCGCGCAAUUUCGCAGAGACCGACAGGAAGAAGAAUCAAUUCGAUAAGGAGGAAAGGGUUCAUCUAUUGUCCAUAAUGAAGCAGUACGCCCCGUUGUUGGACAAGAGCGCCUCCACGCUUGCGCGCAAGAAAAUUUGGACGAUCAUCGAAAGCGAGUUCAAGAAGGCUGGCUUCACUCGCAAGACGUCGGCUCAGCUUAAGAAAUAUUGGCAGAAUUACAAGUACCAUUGUAAAAAGGCCAUAGCGCUGGGGAAGGAAAGUAAAAAGUGCGGAAAAUCGGAAGGAACCGAGUCAUCUGAAUGGAACCGAUAUCAAGUCUUUGUUGACAAUCGAUCUGCGAACUCGUUUUCGGAAAUCCAUGAUGCUCUUCGGCCGUUGGGAGAUCGUUCGAAAACCUCGUCGGACGAAUCGAGGUGUCGUCUUCCUGAAACGUACGAUGAUAAUGGAACGAUAUCCCAGAAAAUUAAUGCCUUGGACAAUUUCAUCGAUCUCUCGCACGUCAAGACCGAGAAAAACGACGACGAAGUUACGCUGGACGAUUUCGACGGACCAGGAACAAAUCCGUCGGAGAAUACAAAUCCCGAGGACGAUAGCUUGGACGAGAGGAAAGAGAUUUUUACGAACGAGGACCGUCUCGCGUCCUCGCCGACCGAUACGAUCGAUCAUAAAACGAGAAAUCGUAUCGUGGUGUCCAACGCGAAUAUAUCCAACAAUAGCGUCACAGUGUCGGUCAUUUAUCCCGAAAAUAACGACGAUGGGUCCAGAAAUCCAGCCGACGGAACGCACCGAGUGCCCGCGAGGAACUCGGAAAAACGUUUUGUUCGUCGCUGA